UGUUGGUUUUCAGAGGGAGUGAGAGAGAAAGCUCAUUCACCUCUCACCAGGUAACAGUCUGUCAGGACCCUGCAGGAGCUCUGUGCAGUGCCCAGUGACAAGCUUCACUCACGCUCUGUCCUGCCACAACCACACAAAUGGACAACAAGAAGAAUUUCAAGAAGGAAGUCUUACCCCAUUAUUCAAAGACAUUAACAUCAGUCAUGUCUCUCGCUGAUAUCGCCAUUCGUGUUUCUGACACAGCUCUCAGUGAGACUGACGAGAGAAGAUUCAGAUUCAAGGUGGAAGAAGCUCACUCUGAAAUUCAGAAGGCAGUGCAAGGAGGGGAGAAGGUCAGAGGUCAGGUGGAUCGUAAGACCGAAGAUAUUGCAGCAAAGAAUCCUGACUCUGAAAUAGAAAGCUUGAGAAAACAGCUGGAGGAUGUGGACAAACAAUUAAUAGCAGAGGAAACUGAGAAAGACAAGACCAGAGAUGAACUUCAUCGUGCCCAGGCUCAGCUGUUGCACACGACAGAAACUCAGGACAAAGCUAAUGUGAAGAAAGCAGAGAAAGAAACUCUUCGUAACCUGGGCUAUGGUCUGCUUAUCAUCCCCUUCAUCGGAAUCCCGAUGGUUCUCAGCACUUUGAAAGAAAUCAAACGUUGUGAGGAUACCAUCCAAAAUACAACAGAAGCCAAGGGAAAGUUGGAGAUGGAAUGUGAUACGAAACAGGAAAAUCUGAAAAAGUAUUAUGACACAAUAAAGACUCUGAAAGAAAAGCGAGUGAAAUGUGAGGGUGAUAAAGAGAAGAGGAGAAUGGAAUUGCAUGAUCAGAAACAAGAGAGAGCUGAGCUGUUUGAUACACAGAAAAAGGUGAGGGAUGCUCUGUAUUACCUCAGUAACCUCCAGGGUUCCCUUAAACAGUUACAAGACCUGAGCACCGAGGAGACCUUCGAUGGGAUUGAAGGAAUCAAAGAUCUUCUUCAGGAAAUCUUCACCACCAUCCAAAAGGAGAGUUUCGAUAAGGAAUUGCUGUGUGAUUCCCGAAUUGACAGAAAACUCAAUGACCUGGAGGAGAAACUUACAGAGUUUAACAGGAUUUAUGAGCAUUAGAGAAAUACAGAAAGGAGACUGGGAAUAUGGCAGGGAAAAACUCACCGAUUGGGGCUUCCUGUUCCUGAGAGAAUUUCCUGUGAUAAUAACAGAAAAUAUAGCAGAGAUUCAGCAGGUUUAACAAUGUCUGUGGAGAGAGGGUGAGCAUCAGACCUGACUUAAAAUGUUAACUUUGUUUCUUUCUCCACAUAUACUGCUCGACUUACUGAGUUUCUCCAGCACGUUCUGUUUUUCUUUCAGAUUUUCAGUAUUCACAGUAUUUGGUUUUUAUUUCAUGUAAUUCCCCCUGCCCAGGGUAAUUCCUGGAUUCCUUCUGCUUCCUACACCAAUCCCUGCUUAGCAUAAUUCGCUGUGUUUGUAGUUCACUCCCUGCGAUAGAGUCAAAUAUAUUUCACUGAGUACGGCCUCUCAGUCCCAGUUUUUAUGGGAUCAUCGGCUGGAGUGGGCAAGAGUAACAAUUGUAAACGUUAAAUACAAGAAAUAAAAUUAUUCAAAUGGUUCUGGA